AUGGCUUCCCACCCAAACACUGCCAUCGCCGCCGUGCUCCUGCCCUUCAUCCUCGCUGUCCUCCCGCUGCCGACAAGGACCGAAGACACCUGCCCAUAUCCCUGCUACCCUCCGCCCACCGGCCCCGCCACCGCUACUCCCACCACUCCAUCUCCGCCAUCGCAAACAGGCUAUGGCUCCUAUUCUCCUCCGGCCUUCUACCCUCCUCCGGCUGCUACCUACCCAUAUAACACCCCGCCCUCCAACGGCAACAGCUUCGAUGGCGUCACUCCACCGCCUCCGGACCCGAUUCUGCCGUACUUCCCUUAUUACUUCAAGAAGCCUCCUCAUAAACCGGACGAUGAAUCCAGUGGCUCCGCCAUCGCAGGACGCAAAUCGGAGGUCGGAAUGAUCGCUGGAACUUUGUUAUUUAUUACUCUCUCUCUCUCUCUCUCUCUCUUUCCUUCAAUUUGA